UUAAAACCUGUCAUUUCGAUUCCGUCUCACAGUUUCGGCUAGGGUUUUUCUUUCUUUUCUCGUGCGUGUCGUCAUUUCUUCUUCGAUCAUCGAAGCUCUACGACGAUGGCCUUCUCACAAUCCUUUGCUGGAUCUGCCGUUUCUUCUUCUCUGAUCGAUGCCUCUCGUGCUGAGUCGUCGUCGGUCCACUGCCGGAAGGGGAGCUCUUUAAAGCUUCAAUCUGGUGUUUUUGGAACUACUAUCUCGAGUGGGACGUCUUCUUUACAGAUAGGGUUAUCUAAAAAUCGAGCUAUCCAACCCAUCAAAGCUACGGCCACCGAGGCACCUCCGACGGUACAAAGAACUCCGAGCGGUGGGAAGACCAAGAUUGGAAUCAAUGGUUUUGGACGAAUUGGAAGACUGGUUUUACGCAUUGCAACCUCGAGGGAUGAUAUUGAUGUUGUAGCAGUUAAUGAUCCAUUUGUUGAUGCUAAGUACAUGGCUUACAUGUUCAAAUACGAUUCUACUCAUGGUGUUUUUGAUGGAACCAUCAAGGUUCUUAGUGAUUCAACUUUGGAAAUUAAUGGGAAGCAGAUCAAAGUUGUAAGCAAAAGGGAGCCUGCAGAUAUCCCUUGGGGUGAUUAUGGAGCUGAAUAUGUUGUCGAGUCCUCGGGAGUUUUCACUACAAAAGACAAGGCUUCAGCACACUUGAAGGGUGGUGCUAAGAAAGUUGUAAUCUCAGCUCCAUCAGCUGAUGCACCUAUGUUUGUUGUUGGUGUUAAUGAAAAAACUUACAAGCCGACAAUGAAUAUUGUUUCCAACGCAAGUUGUACUACCAAUUGUCUUGCACCUCUUGCAAAGGUCGUUCAUGAGGAAUUUGGUAUUGUUGAAGGUCUAAUGACAACAGUGCAUGCAACGACAGCAACACAGAAGACUGUUGAUGGCCCUUCAAUGAAGGAUUGGAGAGGAGGCCGUGGUGCUGCACAAAAUAUAAUUCCUAGCUCUACUGGUGCUGCCAAGGCUGUUGGUAAAGUUCUUCCAGAGCUAAACGGAAAACUUACUGGAAUGGCUUUCCGUGUCCCAACACCCAAUGUAUCUGUUGUUGACUUAACCUGCCGACUUGAAAAGAGUGCUACAUAUGAAGAUGUAAAGGCAGCAGUAAAGUAUGCAUCCGAAGGUCCAUUGCAAGGCAUUCUUGGAUAUACAGAUGAGGAUGUUGUCUCUACUGAUUUUCUCGGUGACUCGAGGUCUAGUAUAUUUGAUGCAAAGGCUGGAAUUGGUCUCAGCACCUCAUUUGUGAAGCUGGUGACUUGGUACGACAAUGAAUGGGGAUACAGCAACCGAGUACUGGAUCUUAUUGAGCACAUGGCAUUGGUUUCAGCCUUGAACUAAAUGAUAGAAGAGACUCGUCAUCGACAAAGCCCCCAGCAGUUUUUGAUUGAAGUGAGAUAGGCGUCUAUUUUUUCUUGGAAUGGAUUCAUUCAGUUGUUUAUGUAGGAAAUUAGUUAUUCGAGCAAUGAAAUAAAGAAAUAUUUGACAUGUAAGAGUUCAUUCUUCCAGUUAAACAUAUCUGGAACCCGGCAGAUUCAAUGCAGGUAACUAUGGAAGAACAUUUCCACUAUUUAUCCUGUGUUUCAACUUUCAUUGUAUUUGACUAUUUUGUUCCCACUGUGUUUGAUUAAAUUAUAAGAAGAUUUAACAGCACAAA